UGCUUAUUCCUGAUAGGAAAUCCUUUAUUUGAAUAAAGGAUUUUUCGUCGAAUGACUAUUCAUGUAUUGUAUUUUCAUGCAAAUCUGGAGCAAUAAAACUAUAUGAAAAGAUGGUGGUUAAAUUCGAUGUUAUUUAAGAAGGAGUUCGAACACAGAUGUAGGCUAAGUAAAUCAACGAGCAGUCUUGGUCCUAUUGAAAAUGCCAGCGAAAGUAAAGAUCCGAAUAUAAAUGAUACGGAUAAAAACAUUCAGAGUUGGGGUGGUCAUGACAAUUACAGUAAUGUUGAUCUUUUUUUUGGCGUCAAAGACCUUCGGAAUUUAAUCUCUGAUGAUACUUUUUUAGUUAAAGAUAGUAAUGGGGACAUUUAUUCUUUAUAUUUUGAUAUUGAAAAUCAUAUUUUUGAGAUUGACAAUGAUCAUCCUGAACUAGAAAGUUCUUUUUAUCGGAAUUCUAGUUAUCUGAAUAAUGGAUCUAAGAGUAAGAAUCCCGAACACGAUCCUUACAUGAAUGAUACUCAGUAUACUUGGAAUAAUCACAUUAAUAGUUGCAUUGACAGUUAUCUUCAGUCUCAAAUCUGUAUUGAUAGUUACAUUGUAAGUGGUAGUGACAAUUCCAGUAAUAAUUACAUUUCUAGUUCCAUUUGUGGUGAAAGUGGAAAUAGUAGUAAAAACGAGGAUGCCAGAACGAGUGAUCCAAUUAUACGAGAAAGUUCUACUGAUCUGGAUGUAACUCAAAAAUACAGGCAUUUGUGGGUUCAAUGCGAAAAUUGUUAUGGAUUAAAUUAUAAGAAAUUUUUUAAAUCAAAAAUGAAUCUUUGUGAACAAUGUGGAUAUCAUUUGAAAAUGAGUAGUUCAGAUAGAAUCGAACUUUCGAUCGAUCCGGGUACUUGGGAGCCUAUGGAUGAAGACAUGGUCUCUCUGGAUCCCAUUGAAUUUCAUUCGGAGGAGGAGCCUUAUAAAAAUCGUAUCGAUUCUUAUCAAAGAAAGACAGGAUUAACCGAGGCUGUUCAAACAGGCAUAGGGCAACUAGACGGUAUUAACGUAGCAAUUGCGGUUAUGGAUUUUCAGUUUAUGGGGGGUAGUAUGGGAUCCGUCGUCGGGGAGAAAAUUACCCGUUUAAUUGAAUACGCUACUAAAGAAUUUCUACCUCUUAUUAUAGUGUGUGCUUCCGGAGGGGCACGCAUGCAAGAAGGAAGUUUGAGCUUGAUGCAAAUGGCUAAAAUAUCUUCUGCUUUAUAUGAUUAUCAAUCAAAUAAAAAGUUAUUCUAUGUACCAAUCCUUACAUCUCCUACUACCGGUGGGGUGACAGCUAGUUUUGGUAUGUUGGGGGAUAUCAUUAUUGCUGAACCCAAUGCCUACAUUGCCUUUGCGGGUAAAAGAGUAAUUGAACAAACACUGAAUAAAACAGUACCCGACGGUUCACAAGCGGCUGAGUAUUUAUUCCAGAAGGGCUUAUUCGAUCUAAUCGUACCACGUAAUCCUUUAAAAAGCGUUCUGAGCGAGUUAUUUCAACUCCACACUUUCUUUCCUUUGAAUCAAAAUUAAAACAUUAAGUUCAAUUUUUUUGAGCAAACAAGUAAUUAGUUUAUCGGAAUCCAAGUCAAAAUUAGACGAAUGGGGUUUUCUUUGUUGACAUAAGAUCUAAUUGUAUAAAGAAUCAAAAGUCACAGAAAAUCGAAAAUCCGCCCCCUUUUCUAUAUUCCUUUUUCUAUAUUCCUUAUUAUUGAUUUGAUCAAGAAGCCUCUAUUAACAAGAUAAAAGAUGAAAUUCUUAUAAUUAGGCAAAAAAAUAUCUUCUUCUCGUCAUAUAUAAUUAAACUCUAGAAAAUAUAGAAUUUUUUAUCUUUCUAUAUCUUACGAUAAUCCUAUUUUGACUAAGAAUCCCUACUGGAUGGGAUUCUAACAAACCCCUCAAUUCAAUAUAAAUAGAAUCUAAAUAAGUAGAAUCUAAUUCAUUUUUAUUCAUUUUUAAGAAACUUUUUGCUUAAUAAAUGAAAUUCGAAGACAAGAGCAAAAAAUGAAUAAAAUAAGAUAUCAUCCAUAUCCUUUCAAAUCCUUCAUGUAGAAAGUACAUUAUAUACUCACUUAGAUAGAUACUUAUAUCUAUAGAUAUUAAGUAAUAAUAAUUUCAAUUUAGAAUUAUCAAAUUAUAAUAAGUAAGAUAUCCUUAUAUAUAAUAAAAUAUAUAUUAUAUUAUAAAUUCUAAAUAAUAAUAACAGGUACAAAUAGUAAAUCGAGGUACCCAUUCUAUGACAACUCUUAACUUUCCCUCUGUUUUGGUCCCUUUAGUAGGCCUAGUAUUUCCGGCAAUCGCAAUGGCUUCUUUAUUUCUUCAUGUUCAAAAAAA